CCCCAUCUUCUCACACUCGCUUUCAAUCGAACUGACCUCCCUUCUUUCUUCUUCGUGGUCAGGAACGCGAAUAAUUACAGUACAUCCCUUCAUAUCCCUAUUCAAUCGUUUUGAAAACGUGCUUCUGGGGAGCCGUUUGUGAAUCGGUUGAAAAGAGUAUUGUCGAGCAGCAGAUUACUCUCGCUUGCAUCUCCUGCCGCCGAAGGGGUAUUGUAAACCAACCACAGGUUUUAGCAGCCAACUUUCAUCGAACCGCCCAGACCCGACGACCAUCCCGCCUCGAAUCGACAACGACAAUAAUCUAUGAUCUCUUCGAAAUAGAGAGAAGCACUUGCAGUCGCCAUUAUCGUGGCAUCGUCUCAUCCGUACAAGUGAAAGCGGACCGCAAAGUCAAUUCGGCAACAUCAGAUCGAACUAGCGACGAAUUUCGACUUGAGAAAUAGGAAAAGGGCUCCUGGAUUUCGAGGGGCGACCAUCACCUUACCGCGGCCAUGCUACCCUUAUUAUCGAAGGCAUCAUGCCUUCUUCCAACUCUGCUCACGGUGGCAUCGUUCCUGGCGCCUGUAGUUGCGGACCAGCCGAUGCUGAAGUCGACAUCACUAUACCCAUGUGCGGAUAACUCGGGAUUCAGUGCCAGCCUCUUCACCGUUCAGUUCACGCCCGAGAACAACUCGGUCCUCGUCGAAGCAGCUUUCGUAUCUUCCAUCGAGGGCAAGGUCAUUUUCGACGCCCAAGUCUCGGCAUAUGGAUACACGUUCUUGUCCCAGAAACUGGACCCUUGCGAUAAGGACUCACCACUGAAGGGAUUGUGCCCGAUGACUGCUGGAAAGAUUCCUAUGCCUCGCUUCACUCUCGACGUGCCGCCCGCAGCAACAAAGCAGAUCCCAUCAAUUGCCUUCAACUUCCCCGACCUCGAUGCUAAAGUCAAGAUCCUGAUCAGCUACGCAGAAGGCCCCAACAAGGGCAAGCAAGUGGCUUGUGUACAGGCCGAAUUCGUGAACGGAAAGACGGUCGAUCUUCUUGGGAUCAAGUGGGCUACCGCCAUUGUUGCUGGUCUCGCUUUGCUAGCCUCGGCCGUUAUUAACGGUCUGGGCCAUUCAAAUGCUGCCUCGCACGUUGCUGCCAAUGCUCUUUCGCUCUUCGGUUACUUCCAGGCACAGGCCAUGAUUGGUAUGACGGGUGUGCCUUUGCCCCCUAUCGUUCGCGCCUGGACUCAGAACUUCCAGUGGACUAUGGGUAUCAUCCGUGUUGGUUUCAUGCAAGAUAUCGCGACUUGGUACCAGCGCGCCACUGGAGGUACGCCGGCGACGCUUUUCGACGAAGUGCAGGUCGUUUCAGUCCAGAUCAUGAAGCGUUCGCUCCAGGCCGUUCCUCGAAUUGCCGAGAGGGCCCACAACGUUUACACCCGCUCCAUGGCUAUGAUGCCGCGCGCCGUUGAAACCACUGCCGGUCAGAUGUCCGAGACGGCCGCACACCUGAUGAAGCGUGGCAACAUCAAGACCGAGACUGGUAGCUUCCUCGUCUUUGGAAUCCAGCGCGCCGCCUUCAAGGCUGGAAUCGAGACCACCAAUCUGUUUUUGACCGGACUGAUGUUCUUCUGCGUCUUUGUCAUCAUUGUCGCUAUCGGCGUCGUUCUUUUCAAGGGCUUUUGCGAGCUUGCCGCCAGGCGUAACUGGACUAAGCCUGACACUUUCCUUGAGUUCCGUCAGACCUGGCUUACUGUCCUCAAGGGUAUCCUCUUCCGCGUUACCCUCAUUGGUCUUCCCCAAAUGACCAUCUUGUGUCUCUGGGAAUUUACACAGGUCGACUCGCCUGCUCUCGUUGUCCUGGCUGUCUUUUUCCUCAUUGGUAUGAUUGCCACUCUCGGAUGGGCCGCCUUCAAGGUCAUUCGUAUCGCCCGUCGUUCGGUUGCCAUGCACCGCAACCCGGCCUACAUUCUCUUUUCCGACCCGCAGGCCCUUAACAAGUGGGGUUUCCUCUACGUCCAGUUCCGUGCAUCGGCCUACUACUUUAUCGUUCCCUUCCUGGUCUACAUCAUCAUCAAGUCCAUGUUCGUGGCCUUCGCCCAGAACAAUGGAACUGCUCAGGCCAUUGGGUUCAUUCUGAUCGAGGCUGCCGCGCUCAUCACCGCUUCCGUGCUUAGGCCCUGGAUGGACAAGAGCACCAACUCGUUCAACAUUUCCAUCUGUGUAAUGAACUUCCUCAACUCUAUCUUCCUUCUGAUUUUCACCGAGGUCUUUAGCCAGCCUCCUCUGGUCACUGGUGUUGUCGGCAUGAUCCUUUGGAUCGCGAACGCAGCCUUUGCCCUUGUCUUGUUGCUCAUGCUUAUUGUUACCACCACCAUUGUACUAUUCCGCAAGAACCCGGACAACCGCUACCAGGUCAUGGCCGACGACCGUACCUCGUUCAUGAAGUCGCAGACUCAACUGACUGCGACCACGGAGCUGGAUGCCCUGGCUGCCACUGCUCGUGGUGACAAGGCCGGCUACAAGAACGAUCUUGAUGACGAUGCCGAUUCGAUCUCCUCGGCCUCCAUCCGCCGCCGACAGGAUCCUGCCAACAUGCCGCUGCCUCCAUCGACUGCCAACUCGUACAAGGAGUCGUCGCCCAAGUCACCGGUCGAUCCGUCGGUACCUCUAUUCCCGGCGGAUGGUCGUCGUGGCCAGUAUGGCCCCGGUGGCGUACCAAACCGUACACCGAGCCCCUACAACCCCAACUCGUCGACAUCAAAUCUGUCAGCACAUGGGGGUUACAGGCAGCAACACAAUGCCAGCCCAGGAGGAUUCAGGCCAAACACUGCCCCUAGCCCAUGGCAACGAGGUGCCGGUUACGACUAGAUGAACCAUUAGAAACCCGGGCUGAAAGUGCCGAGCUCGGGACAUGAUGAAAUGUACCAUCGGAGCGCAAAACAAGCAUCACCUACAACCGGGUUGCCUUGCAUAGUUUUCUUUUUGUUAUUUGUAAAGGGGAUAUUCUUUUUUUUUCUUUUUUUUUUGCACAACCAGUCAUGCGAGAUACCCGCUCUGGGUUAUUUUCACAUAUAACAUGCAUGACAGACAGGCGUUGGAGAUGGCGGCCACCAUACGCAACUGUUUUUUUGUUCUUUUUGUUUUUCACUUUUAUUUACUUCCUUUUGUUCAGUCUGGCCGUGCGCGUGCUUUUUUCUAUGUUGUAUUUUCCUUUCUUUUUACCUACCAAAACUUGUUUAUUUCAAGUGUAACCAUCCAUUUAGAGGAUUACUAUUACCACGUGAGCAGCUCAAUGGCGGGACCCGAUGGAGUUAGGUCAGAUCGUGUGUACAUAAGCAGCAAGAGAAAGAAGUUGUAUUAUGAAUGGACAAGGUAGUCUUGACACGUUUCCA